GAGGGUAGGCAUAGUGAAUACGUUUCAAGCAUUUAUUCUCUCAAAGAAACUAAAAGAGAGAGAGAGAGGGAGAGAGAGAGAAGAGAGAGAGAGAAGGAAAAACCGAAGCACUUGCAAAUCUCAUGAACUGUGGUGUCGUGUUGGGGUUCUAUUGUUGGGAUUGGGAGUUCUUAACUGCCCUUCUUCUCUUCUCCUCUUCUUUCAUCAAUCAAUCUUAUUAGAUACUUAAUUUCAUCAUAUUAUAUAUAUUCGUCUACUUCUUCACAAAUCAACUUUCCUUUUAAUUAGAAAAAGAAAUGGAGGCAACAAUAUUAUGUGACAAUAAUAAUAAUAAUAAAGGGUUAUUAUUGGAAUGUGGUGGUGGUGGUGGAAGGAAGUGCAAUAAUCCACCACCGUUCUUGUUGAAGACAUACAUGCUUGGCCCUACACUCUUCAAGCAUAGCAACUUCUCUAGCUUCGUUCGCCAGCUCAAUACCUAUGGUUUUCGUAAAGUUGCAACAAGCAGAUGGGAAUUCUCCAAUGAGAAGUUCAAGAAAGGUGAAAGAGAAAUGCUAUGUGAAAUUCGAAGAAGAAGAGCAUGGACAAGCAAGCAACGGAAUGCAGCACAAAAUCAAGGUGCACCCCAAGACUCCGAUGAAGAUCAAAGGUCUUCAUCGACUUACUCGCAUGCUCAGGAGGAGGAAGAGGACGAGGACGAGAACGAGGCCGAGGCCGGAAGGCCAAUGCUGUUUGGAGUAAGAUUGGAUGUUCAAGGGCAGAGGCAGGUGAAGAGGAAGAGAGACGAGAUACGUGAAAGCGCAAGCAUUUUGCUCUCUCAAUCAUGCAAAUAGAUACAUAUAUAUAUAUACACCUAUAGUAGCUUCAAAACAUAAAUAUAGUUACUCAAAAAGUGUAAUAAUCAAAUGUUAGCUAGGUUUGCAGAAUUUUUUUUUCCCAAUGUUUUUUCCUCCCUCUUGUGCUAUUAAUGUGAUGAUCACAUAUUUGGUAAUUGGUAUAUAUCAAGAACUUUGGAGACUGCUAAA